AUGGCGGCUUCGGUUACAACACUCAUGAAGUUCUUCUUCUUUGCCCUAAUCCUCAUUAGCUUCACCGUGUCUCCGGCCAUGUCAACGGCACCGGAAGAAUGUGAAGCCGAGUCAAACAACCCAUGCGUUAACAAGGCUAAAGCCUUACCUCUAAAAAUCAUAUCCAUUGUAGCCAUUCUCCUAACCAGCAUGAUAGGUGUCUCGGCUCCUCUCUUUAGCCGAUAUGUUCCUUUCCUCCAUCCAGAUGGAAACAUCUUCACAAUUGUUAAAGCCUUCGCGUCCGGGAUCAUCCUCGGAACAAGUUUCAUGCAUGUUUUACCGGAUUCUUUUGAGAUGUUGUCAUCGGAAUGUCUAGAGGACGACCCAUGGCACAAGUUUCCAUUCACGGGCUUUGUCGCUAUGUUGUCGGGCCUAGUCACUCUAGCCAUCGACUCCAUGGCUACUAGCUUCUACACUAGCAAUAAUGGUACUGAAAUCGUGCCCGCUGCAAGUAACGGCGAUCAAGAGAGAGUGAAUCCGAUGAUAACUCAUGGUCAUAGUCACGGUCAUGGCGCUACAUUAACUACCAAAGACGGUGGCUCACAGUUAUUGCGGUACCGUGUCAUUGCUAUGGUGCUGGAGCUUGGAAUUAUAGUUCACUCCGUAGUCAUUGGACUAUCUCUAGGUGCAACAAAUGACACAUGCACCAUUAAAGGUCUUAUUGCAGCUCUUUGCUUUCAUCAAAUGUUUGAAGGCAUGGGUCUCGGUGGCUGCAUCCUCCAGGCGGAGUAUACGAAUGUGAAAAAGUUUGUAAUGGCCUUCUUUUUCGCGGUUACAACCCCAUUUGGGAUCGUUUUAGGGAUUGCAUUGUCGAGUAUUUACAGAGAUAAUAGCCCAACCGCAUUGAUCACUGUGGGAUUGCUCAAUGCCUGCUCAGCAGGACUGCUUAUUUACAUGGCCCUCGUCGACCUUCUAGCAGCUGAGUUCAUGGGGCCAAAGCUCCAAGGUAGCAUCAAGCUUCAGAUCAAGUGUUUCUUUGCCGCUUUACUCGGCUGCGGUGGAAUGUCAAUCCUUGCUAAGUGGGCUUAG